AUUUUUCAUUUUUCCAAAGGAAGUACUGUUUGGAAAUUAGGAAAUUAAAAAAGAAAAAAGACGAAAACUUUGAGCUAACAACCAUCUCUGCUUUUUUGUUCUCGAAUAUUUACUCUCUCUUUGCAAUCUCGCCGCACUUUCUUCUUCCCUCCCUCUCACUCUCUCUCUCUCUCUCUCUCUUUGCAGCUCGAGAUUGGAAGUGGAAGCCUCUUAAUUUUGUAGGGAGUGAAAGGGAGUUUUGUUGUUCAAAUGGGGAAACGUUCAAAGAUCAAUUGCAAGUCGGCAUCUCAUAAGCUAUUCAAGGACAAGGCCAAGAAUCGUGUGGAUGAUCUGCAAGGAAUGUUCAUGGAUCUGCAGUUUGCUAGGAAAGAGAGCCGCACUGUUGAUGUGGCUGUCCUCGAGGAACAAGUUCACCAGAUGCUUCGUGAAUGGAAAGCAGAGCUCAACGAGCCGUCUCCAGCUUCUUCGUUGGAACAAGGUGGAAGUCUCGGGUCGUUCUCAUCAGAUAUAUACAGGUUGUUGCAGCUCUGCGAGGAGGAAGAUGAUGCCACUAGUGCAUUAGCUGCACCAAAGCCUGAGCCUAAUGAUCAGAGCUUGCAAGUUGGGGAUAAUGUGGUCUUUCAGGAGGGAUAUGGUGUGAAUCAGGGGCAACAGGACCGCAACUUCCCAUUUGUUGAUCAAUGUAAAGACUCUCCUUCAGGAGUUCAUGGCAUGGUGGUUAACAACUUAGAAGUAGCUGGUCAGUUGGAUUACCCUCAUUAUGAUUUGUCUCAAAAUUUUGAGUCGAACUUCUAUGUUGGUUAUAAUAGCACAGAUUUGUGUGUGGAGGAUGGUGUGCCUCAUAUUUCUGGCUAUCUGUCGAGUAUAUGUCCUCCACCUUCUGCUUUCCUGGGCCCAAAAUGUGCACUUUGGGAUUGUCCAAGGCCUGCUCAAGGAGGAUUGGACUGGUGUCAGGACUAUUGCAGUAGCUUUCACCAUGCUUUGGCAUUAAAUGAAGGUCCACCUGGAAUGGGUCCUGUUCUUCGACCUGGGGGCAUUGGCCUAAAGGAUGGUCUGCUCUUUGCUGCUCUAAGUGCAAAGGCACAAGGAAAAGAUGUUGGUAUUCCAGAAUGUGAGGGAGCUGCAACCGCAAAGUCUCCAUGGAAUGCACCUGAGCUCUUUGAUCUUUCAGUUCUUGAGGGUGAAACAAUUAGGGAAUGGAUUUUUUUUGAUAAGCCACGCAGAGCAUUUGAGAGUGGGAAUCGAAAGCAAAGGUCAUUACCCGAUUACAGUGGGCGUGGUUGGCAUGAAUCAAGGAAGCAAGUGAUGAAUGAAUUUGGAGGGCUGAAAAGAUCUUAUUAUAUGGAUCCGCAACCGCUGAGCACUUUUGAGUGGCAUCUUUAUGAGUAUGAGAUGAACAAGUGUGAUGCUUGUGCUUUGUAUAGAUUGGAAUUGAAAGCUGUUGAUGGAAAGAAGGGUGCUAAGGGUAAAAUAACAAAUGAAUCAGUUGUUGAUCUGCAGAAGCAAAUGGGUAGACUGACUGCUGAGUUUCCCUCUGAUAACAAGCGGUGUGUUAAAGGAAGGACCAGAGUGAAUGCUAAGGUUGGUGUCGGAAGUGUUUAUUCAGCUCCAAAUCGAGUGGCACCAACAAAUGAAACAUUUGAUUAUGAGCCAUGCAAUUAUCUUGUUGAGAAUCUAGGUGACUAUUAUGUGACUUAAUUGAAGAACCUUUGUUUCACGCCAAACAAGCUGCAAUUGUCUAGUUACAGUAGCUGAGGCAUUAUCUUAUUAUUGGUGGCUUUGUCUUCAGUUUUUCAUAAUUAAUAACGUGAAUUGAAGCUCUUGUUCGGCAGUGAAUUGUGCAUACUUGGUUUUCACAUUGGAGUGCUGUCUGCAUUAGUACUGCUGUAGAUACUGGAGCAUAUUCUAACCCGAAGAUGAAGAAAAAAACGGCUGUUUUUCAUCAGCAUUUUUUAACUGAUAUGAUAGUUGAACACUGGAAACCAAUUCAUGUCACCAGAAUGGUAAGUGGUGGAUGCAAAUUAUAGCAAAAUUAUUUUACUGACAUUUUUGGGGUUUCAAGGCUUUAUACUACUUCUCGGUAUGAUGCUCAUGGAGAUAUAAUCUUUAAUAUGUAACUUUCUUUCUUCCAAAGACACAAUAUCAUCUGUUUAGAUUCUCAUACUAGAGUUUCUGAGUUGGCUUGGUCAGGAAUUUGUAAAUAAUUAUUAUAUCGAAUUUACCCGAUCUUAUUUGCAA